AUGCCUCAUUCUUGUAAUUUAAUAUCGAGAGAUGAAGUUACAGAGAAGAUAGAAGAUGUUAAAAAGAAAUCCAAAUUGACGAAAUGGUGGUUGGAAUAUAUAUUGAUAUCGGAGGACCAUCCUCGCAUCAAUUUAUAUUUUAAAAGUAAAAAGGCAAUUCACAUGGAGAAAUUACGACAUAUCAGAUCGGGAUAUACGUACGUUAUUCAUCCAAUUAGUAAAUUUCGAUUCAUAUACAAAAUUUAUAUGAUAUUUUUAGUCGGUAUAAACGUAAUUAGAAAAUACCAUUUCCAAUCACCACCUUCACAUAAUAAUUCUAAAGAUUUUAAUUUGUACGAAGUCUACUUCGACUACAUAUUUAGAAGUUCUGCUUAUAUAUUUGGAAUUACCGUUCCGAAUGAAUAUUUAAAUAAAAUGACUAGGACCGAGGAUUAUUUGAUAACGAUUUUCAUUUAUAUCCUAGGAAAAAUUUUGAUAAUUUCAACUUGGCUUAUAAUCGCUUUAAGUAUUCUAUCUACCAAAUCGACACAUAUUAAAUUUCAACAUAUCUUGAAAGAAGUUGAGGAGUUUAUGAUUAGAAAAAAACUACCGCCCAAUUUGAGAACAAGCAUCAUCAACUAUUACAACUUCAAAUAUCAAGGUAGUUUCUUAAAAGAGGACUUGAUACAAUUCAUAUUACCGGAUAAUUUACGGAAAGACAUAAAUCUAGGAAUCUGUAAAUAUUUGAUCAACAACGUUUCGAUUUUUGGGCACUUAAAGUACGAAGAAGUUAUCGAAAUAGUUGAAGUGCUAAUUCCAGAAAUAUUUCUACCAAACGAUUGUAUUAUUCAAUCCGGUACUAUUGGAGAAAGUAUGUAUUUCAUAGCUAGUGGAACUGUUGCUGUUUAUACGCAUUCUGGAGAAGAAAUAUGUCACUUACAAGAUGGCGAUUAUUUCGGAGAAAUUUCCCUCCUUAUGAAAAAUCAAGACCGACCCGCUGAUAUAUAUGCCAUUGAAACUUCGCAUAUAUAUAAAUUGAAUAAAACC